AUGGUGACUACUACUAUCCAGAAGCCAAUUCCGGUAACGAUCCUUUCUGGGUUCUUAGGCUCUGGUAAGACAACAUUGCUAGAGAAGAUUUUAACUAACGAACAUGGGAUGAAGGUUGCCGUGAUUAUCAACGACAUGUCAGAAUUGAACAUUGACGCAGCGUUGAUUGAGAACCACAAAGUUUGUAACAAGGAGGAGAAGCUUAUUCAGUUGUCGAAUGGUUGUAUAUGCUGUACACUUCGUGGAGAUCUUUUAGAAGAACUGGUUUAUUUGGCGGAACAGAAAACGUUUAACUAUAUCGUAAUUGAAUCAACAGGUAUCGCCGAGCCAAUGCAAGUUGCUGAAACAUUCUCGACAGAAUUCUCCGAAAUGAUGUAUGAUAAUCCACAGGAGGUAAGUCCUGAAGAAGCGCAACUGCUUGAAAAGAUCUUGAACUAUGGUGGCUUGAACAAGCUAGUCAAGAUCGAUACUUGUGUCACGGUUAUUGAUGCUCUAAACUUUUUUUCCAACGUUGAGACGACAAAGUUUUUGGUCGACAGAUGGGGUGACAGUGGUCAAGGUGAGAGCGACCGUACUAUCACCGAUUUGAUGAUUGACCAAGUAGAGUUUGCUGAUGUUAUCAUAAUUAAUAAAAGUUCUACCGUGAAGAAGAAGCAACUUAAGAAAAUCAAGAAGGUUGUUAACACUUUAAAUCCAGUUGCACAGGUCAUUACAAGCGACUUCUGCAAAGUCCCACUGGACAGGGUCGUAAAUACGGGACUUUUUGACUUCGAGAAAGCCUCUACCUCGGCCGGUUGGUUGCGUAGCAUCAACGAAAUGACCGUCAGGGAUUUUGCUGGCAAUACUCGCCGGACGUUGGCGCCUAAACCCGAAACAGAGGAAUAUGGUGUCAACAGUUUUGUAUACAGGAGGAGAAAGCCUUUCCACCCUAAGCGUUUAUAUGAGAUGAUGCGCCAACACUUUUACAUUAUAGAACAGGUCGAAAUGGGAGGCGAUAUGGACGACGAAGUCGAGGAUGACGAUGAAGAAGACGGGACGGACAAAGCCGAGAUAAAAAAGGAUAGAGAGCAAAAUGAGGAAGAGCAGGAAGAAGACGAAGAUGAAGGGAGUGGGGAUGAUGAUGACAGUGAGACUGACGAUGAUGAUGAGGAAAUAGAAGAAGAGUUGAGUGAGGACCAAAUCCUGAUUAACAAGAAAAACUCUCCCUUUGGUCCACUUCUGCGGUCCAAGGGCUUUUUUUGGCUGGCUACUCGCUACAUAUUCAGAGGCGAAUGGUCUUCUGCAGGUCCAACUUUGACGGUAAAGGGUGGUCUUCCUUGGUUCGAUGUGUCUGGAUUUGAUGAAAUUCCUGAGGAAACUGUCGCUUUGAUAAAGAAAGAUUUUGAGGGAAAAUACGGUGAUCGUAGGAACGAAAUCGUCUUUAUUGGACUCAAAAUUAAUGUCAAGGCGCUAUCGGAACAAUUAGAUAGCUGCCUUCUAACAGACGAAGAAUUCGAAGAGUUCGAAAAGAACGCUAAUACGAAAAAUAUUCUCAAAGCCAAUAAAGACUUGAGCGUUUUGUUCGAAGAUGGUUUUGAGGAAUGGGGGGUUGCUGAGAUGCUUGAGGUUGAAGAACCCGCCAAGCAAUAA